AUUAUUUUGUUUAAAGCUUGUUUCGUUCAGUGUAAAUGAUUUACCUGUCACGUGAUACAUUGAAAGGAAUUCCCUGUCAGCCAUUUUCAUGUGUUGAUUUUAAAUAUUUACCAAUUUACAUUGUUUUUACCUCAUUUAGAUGUUUACAUUAUUUCCUCAGUCUAGAAACGAUAGAUGAAGAGGUGGCGUUUCGUUAUUCAAUCGAUAUCGAGGAAUUAAGUUGAAAGAAUGUCUGAAACUCCUCCUGAAAGCGAAAAUCAAAGUGGACAUUCAUUUCCAGCACCAACACACACCGACGAACUUUCCUGUAGACCGGCUAAAUUAGAUGCUGAUAAGAAGACAAAGAUUGAUGUGCUACUCAAAAGUGCUGGAGAUGCACCCAUUAUGAAGAAGAAAAAGUGGGCUGUAGAUCCAACUAAAAAAAUUGGAUGGGUUAUUGAAUUCAUGCGAAAAUAUCUCAAGUUCGAACCAGAAGACUCUUUGUUUCUGUAUGUGAACCAGUCAUUCUCCCCAUCUCUAGAUGUAGAACUUGGAACACUAUAUGAUUGCUUCAGUACAGAUGGCAAGCUGGUAUUACACUAUUGUCGGACUCAGGCCUGGGGUUGA